AUGGCCUCAUGUGCUCAGGGCGCAGGCCAGACAUAUCAACACUCGCAGCAGCACCAUCAUCAUCAAUAUCAGCCUAGUUGGUCUCUGAACGACCUGAGUACUGAGCUCCUGGCCUUGAUAUUUGAACAGCUCCGAGAUAUCGAUACUCAAUAUGUCUCGACCGCUCGGCUUCUCUGCCAACGGUUCAACCAGAUAGCCAUACCUAUCGCCUACAAGACACUGGUCCUGACGGAGCGGAUAGUCGCCCAGGAUGCAGGGCAACACUUCCCCCAGGCUCUCGAGCAUAUCAGUGCUCACACACACCAUGUCGUUGCCAGAAGCGACCUGGACCCCGCCGGGAUCAAAAGGAUCCUGGAGAGAAUACGGAAACUCUCAUCCGUAAGAUGGCGAUACGUGGACAGAGACGCCCGCUCGGGCCGCUUCUGGCUACCAUCUGAUAUUCUAAAUGCAGAGCAGACUCGUUACAACCGCACCAAGCUGUACGUCGAGGAGCUUCCGCUCCGGGACUUUGAGGGCGAGAUGCGCAACACCUACCUCCGAGCCAUUCCUAUCGACCUCCUGGUGUCCCUGAAGAUGGCCCAUCCGGCACCGCCGCUCGUCACCCGGCUGAACUCCCUCAAGCACCUCCUCCUCUCCGCCCGGCGGCUGGAGACGCUCCACUUCGAGGACCGGGGCCAGGGCACGCAGUUCGACUUCGCGCCGCACGAGCGCCUCCCGCCCCUGCGCGAGCUGACCCUCCGCUCCUACGACUGGAGGCACAGCGCCGAGGAGGUGGCGCGGCACUGGGACUUCUCGCGCAUCACGUCCCUGGAGCUCAUCUCGGUGCCCGUCUUCAACUUCCUCAACUCGGUCAGCUUCCGCGAGCUGGCCAACCUCCAGACCCUGCACUGCGAGGACUUCAGCGCGCACCUCCCGGACCUGCGCAUCGAGGCCACGCGGCGGCUCAACCUGCUCGUCAGGUCGUACAUCCGCGCCCUGUCGACGCUGCAGAUUACGGUGCACACGUACCACUUCCCCGUGGACGCGCUGCUGUCGCACGCCCGCUCGCUGACGACGCUGCGGCUCCGCGACCACACGGGCUUCGGCGAGGAGGACCGGCGCUGCCCGACCAUCUACCACGAGGACCUGGCGCUCCUGGCGCAGCGGAUGCGCCAGGUGCAGGUGCUCGAGCUGGACAUGGACGUGGUGCACACGGACCCGCCGCAGUUCCUGCGGGCGGCCUGCUCGUUCCCGGCCCUGCACACGCUGACGCUGCACGUGCAGACGGUCCUGCACCCCUUCGAGGUCGUGCACCCGGGCGCCGACCGCGACCGCGACGCCGCCAUGCGCACGCUGCAGUUCCUCGUGCGAAACAAGGCGGGCGGGGUCCCCUGGCGGUCCAUCACCAUCAACGUCGGCGGGUGGAAGAAGGUCAUGGUCCGCCGCCUCAGCGAGCCCUGGCGCAGGCAGAACGAGCGCGGCGUCUUUGCCGAGCGGUGCUUCGUCGUCGAGCGCAACGCCGGCACCGGCGAAAUGAGCGUCCGCGAGGAGGUCGCUGUCGAGGCCAGCCGGCAGGCCACGCCUGAGGAGGAGGAUGUCGAGGGGGAUGAGGAGGAAGACGACGAGGACGAAGAGAUGUCCGACGAUGAAUGA